UAACUUUCUUACAUCUUUCUCUCUGCAAUUACUCUUUGAUAGCAUCUCUCUCUAAAGUGUCGAGUAUUGCUGACUUGAGUGUCGGAGUGUUUUCCUCGAGGAAACAUUCUCUGGAAUUUCAGGCCGAUGCUGAGAAACCUUUUCGUUGGAGGAGCAGAACAGGAUCAACUAAGUGGAACAGAUGAUGAUGAAAGAACACCAACUGGGUAUGCAACUCAGCCUGAACAAUUCCAAAUUCCAACAAGAAUGAGGCAAAGACAUCCCAGACAAGGUAUUCCACAAAAUGAGCGACCUAAAAGGUCAACAAAGCUUGCUUGGACAAUCGAGCUCGAAAAGAGAACAAGGGUUCUCGAAAUGGCGAUGGGUAAAAUCCUUGACCGUCUAAUUCCUGAUGACCCCCUAAUUCCUUUGCUGAAUAGGGACACACAAUCAGCGGCAGUAGUUGCAACCCAUAACUCCCCGACCCUAAGCAAGGUAGGGGUCCCGACCAGACCAAGGGGAAGUGGGAAGUUAAAUCCAGAACCUAGCUCGUCCAAGCAUAAUGAAGAGUUGCUAAAGAAAAAUGCCGACCUUGAAAGACAGCUUAAGGAUGUGCAGAAGUCCAUUGACGAGCUAAAGAGUCCUAGGUCACGCCAGCAAGCUCUGGACUUGGAUAAUGCCCCCCUCAAUUUGUCCAUUAAGGCUAAACCAUAUCAAGAAGGAUUUAAGAUUCCUCAUUUGGAGACAUACGAUGGCUUCGGAGACCUGGAUGAGCAUUUGCAUACUUACCAAGCCAUUAUGAGGAUCCAGAAUGCCACUGAUGCCAUGAUGUGUAAGGUCUUCCUUGCGACCUUGAAGUCAACAGCUAGAAGAUGGUACCACAAGUUACUUAGACAUUCCAUAUCCUCCUAUUCUGAGCUUGCCACUCUGUUUUCGAACAAGUUCGCGAGUCAAAGAGAGAUUAAGUGCACCGCUACUAAGCUAAUGUAAGUUCAUGAGAAGGAGGGAGAAUCUUUAAGGGACUAUAUGCAACGGUUCAAUAAGUCCACUCUGGACAUUGAUAAUGUCCCGGAUACCAUCUGCUUAUCAGCUUUGUUGCAUGGCCUUAAACCUGGCCGGUUUCUAGACAACUUGCUGGAGAAUCCAUCUAAGUCGUGGAAUGAAGUGAAUGAUAGGUC